AAUAGAUCGAGAAUACAAUAGUAACCAUGUCUGAAUUGCGAGAUAGAAACAGCAAUAUGGAUAAGGGAUCCAUACUGGAGAACGUUUCGAAGCGACUAGAUGGGUUUCCGGGCCGAUCGGAAGCAUCAAAAUCGCUGGACCCUCAGGGCCAGUCAUCCACCGUGGAGACAUCAAAUUCAGAGACAGACCAAGUGGAGACCAUCCCACGAGGCAACACCAAUCCUCCGCGCAAGCUCGACCCUCAGAAUCUAUUUGAAUUGGUGUCCAAACAUUACGAUUCAUGGCUGCAUGUGCUCAACAAGCAGUUCGAAGAUGAGGAGAACUUUCUGCCAUUCCCCAACGAGGAUAGAGAUGCUCCAGCAGGAUUAGGUCCGACAAGGGGUCCAGGCUCGGGCUCGGGCCCUGGCUCGGACUCCCAGCAGCCUAUAUUCAACUACAGUCUUCUUGAGGCGUUGGAACGUGCAUCUUCGGAGUUUGCCAGAGAUCUGGAGGAGUUGAGACAAGAGGUUGAACGUGCAGUUCUGGUGGACGAACGAGUAGUAAAGGAGGCCCUGCAGGUGUCCCUGGGGAAUAAGGUGCCGUCUACAGACUCAUCGGAGCCAUUUGACCGUCAAACUCUUCUUCAAGAGCUGGAGAUAAACUAUUUACAGGAUAAAAUUGUUCAAAUAUUUCAAUCUAAUGACGUUAACAUGCCGAGAAACGGUUUAUCUAUAGGCGAUGGGAGACGAGUACCCGGUGAUGGUGAAGCUGGUGGCGUGGAGGGUGUUGUAGGUGGCGGAAGUAACGAGGAGGGAAACUCACAAGACGAUUAUGACAUUUCUGAGCUUCUGGACUCGUUAUACAACGAUUACAGACCAACGCAUCACAUUGAAGUUGAACUCAAUACGGGGCCAGCGGCCUCUCGUAAGUCUGGAACCCGACGCACGGUGUUCAAUAACGAAUACGACUUUGAUCAAGACGGAGAAGGACCUUCAUGUGAGUUUACAUUUGAAUACGAUCACAAUGGGAAGUUGGUCCCCACUCACAACAAUGUUGAAGAAAAACUUCGACUUAUGAGUCUUCAAUCACGGAUGGGUGGGGCAGUUCCCAUGAUUGCCGCUCCCACCACUUCUUCUAAAAGAAAGAAAAAGAAGAAGAAGGGCAAACUGCAAACUCAACUGGCCUCUGGUACUCCUCUCCCGGCAAUCCUGUCUGUCAGCAGUGGGCUGGGGACUCAUGUACCUCCACCACAUGCACAACCACUGACACAUUUGGCGGCUCCAAACUGCUGUCUAUUCUGCGAAUAUGAAACCAUCUACGGGUUCAGACCUCGUCAAAUGAUAAAAUGGUAUGAUCAAACAAUGCGUCGUGAAGAACUGCGUAGAGAAGAGAUUCGCAAGAAGCUCGAGAGUGCCAAACUGAAGGCUCUCAAAAAGCAACGUGAACUCCGUCAACGUCAACAACAACAACUUCAAGACCAGGCGGAAAAUGUCCAUCAACUGACCUCUCUGGAGUCUCAAGCACAGGAAAUAUAAAGAGAUGGUUAUACGGUUUCUUGGAGUUUGUCAUCUACACUCUCAGAUUCUAUUUCUACAUAAUAAUCUACAUCCUUCAAGACAUUCCCACCCCUCAAACAUGGGGCACUUUACGUGCAGGGGAAGCAUGGUCAUGGGGAUCAUAUCCACUCACAGUUUGAGCCU